AUGGAUUUAAGAAAAUAUUUACAACAUAAUCAUAACAAACUUACAUGGAAACAAAGAAUCAACAUAAUUGUAAACAUAAUCAAGGCAGUUUUAUGUCUCCAUCAAGAAAAUUCUAUUCAUAGAGAUUUGCAUUCAGGAAAUAUAUUAUAUUCUGAAUAUAAUGAACAAUGGCGUAUUAGUGAUUUUGGAUUUUGUGGGCCUGAUUAUAAACCAUUAGAAAGUAUAUAUGGAAAUCUUCCUUAUAUAGUGCCUGAAGUUAUUAAUGGAAAAGGAUAUACCUUUGCAUCAGAUAUAUAUAGUAUUGGUAUGCUCAUGUGUGAGAUUUCAUCUAGACAACCACCUUUUGCUUAUUUUGACCAUGAUUAUGAUCUUGUGAUGAAAAUAAUGAAUGGAAUGAGACCACAAAUAAUACAAAGAACUCCAACAGAAUAUAAAAAUUUAAUGUACACAAUCAAAUGCAAAACCUAA